UUUUUUUUAAUAGAGUGUACAGAAAAAUUUCAAUUACAACUUACAAGCAAAUGACCAUCCUCCUUUUUUAACUUCUUAUUAAAAAGUGAGACUAAAUAGGUAAGUAAUUUCUAGUAAAAUUGUAUAUAUUUUUUUUUAAAUCCAGUUCUGAGAAUCUGAGAUGAUCUCUGAUUUUUAUCAAAGGAAACCAAAAUGUCUGAAAUAAAUCAACGUUAAAAUACAAAAUACCAAAAAAUCACAUUCAAUUCACAUAUACGAGUAGGUGGUAACGAAAUUUCAUUUAUUAUUUUCCUACCUUAGGAACGCUUAUAAAUUCGACUCUAAAAACGGAAAGUACUGUCGAAAUUAAGAGUGAUUUAUGUUCAAUUUUUUCCUUUUUAUUUUUUUUUUUAUUUUUAUUUCAACCUGGGUAAAAUAAUUACCUACUCAACUAAGUACUUAUGACGACUUGAUAAGACUUCACUUGAGACUGAUGAAUUUUCGGGUGUGCAGUCUUCAAUUUGUGUUCAUUCUCUUCGCUAAUAAUAAUUGUUCACGAAUAAUUUCACAUUGAUGACCGUUGAGCAGUUUUUUGCACGUUAGAAUCAUUUAAGCAAGCACCUAAUUUAAUUCCUUUUCCGUAUUUUGUGUUUUUAUUUAUGUAUUAUUAUUUUUUUUUUUACUAUUGUUACAAAAUAUACAGUUGUGUAAUUUCGCUCGCUGUCGGUCUCGUCAACUAUAUAAUUUUGUUCCACAAGUAAUAUUGUGGAUUGUCGUUCCCACUCUGAAUGCUCGCCUAUUUAUAGUUGAUAAAAAUUGUAAUAAAUGAACGUUCAAUUUUAAUAAAUGAACGUUCGUACAAUUCAUCGCAUUUAGCUCGAAAUUUUGAGAACUUGAAUUCAAACUUACCAGUUUAAUUUUUAAUUCGAAUAAAAACUAAGCAACGUUCGAUGACACUCGUUACUUUGUAUCCAUGAACCUUGUAAUUUCAAUAAUUUUUCAACAUGUGAUCAAAAAGUUGUAAAUUUCGCUACUCAUAAGUACAUUCUACGUUCAUAUUAUACGAUUCAAUUAAACGAUAAAUUAUUCAAAACUCUUGCGUAAUGAGUAGAGGCAACUUUGGUACGUAAUUUCUUCGCAGUCAUUACGGUAGGCUAUACGAAUAAUACUGCGGCGUUGAGUUAGUAAACAUGAAUUUGAAAUGUUUACACACGUUCGUUACCGUAUUCUUACUGCCUUUAGGCGUCUCGAAAAAUGCAAAAUACGAUUUCAUUUUCUUCAUCGUCUGCUACAGUCUGGUAUUCUAUCUAACAUUCGGUGUAGUGAUCGGUCUAGUGAAUACGACAGAUAUAGGCGGAAUCGGUUUACAAAUCGGUCAACUAACCACUUAUCUGACUAGUCUAGCGAUGACUUUGUAUUACAAAUUUUCCAUUAAUUUGGUCCUGAAACUGAUAUCGAAGCUUAAGGCGAACGGUUAUCAAUGGAUGGAAGCAGGCAGACGAAUGGAAGAGUUCAUCGGGUCUACGGUAUUGAAAGUAUUUUGCGGAUACUACGCGAUGAUUUUCGCUGUGAUUUUACCUAUUUUGUUGAGUAUACCGAAUACGAGCCGGAUCGACGAAAAGACUUCGUUCUUGAUACCUUUUUGGUAUUAUUGCGGAGAUGCAGAUGAUCCUAAGUGGACCAGUUGGUUGUGUUGGAAAGUCGAAGACGUUGGCGAGUUGUGGAUUUCUGAUAUCGUGCAAAGCGUUCUGUAUACGUUGACUUUGCACGCUUUGGUUAUGUAUUUGUUGUUUUAUACCAUUUUGACGACUAAUGUGAGAAUACACGCUGAAGUAUUGAAUGAAAAUGUGGUCGAGAUGGCCAGACAAUGGGAUCGAUUCGGUUUGAGAAUUGCUCGAGAUGUUGAAGAUGCUAAUUCGGAACGAUCGAGACAAAUGGCGAGGUAUUAUUGUGGAAAAUGUUGGAUCAGGUUUGACGAUAUUGUGAAACAUCAGCAGUUUAUUAGAGACUUCACGAAAGAUGUUACCAAAUUACUACAGUGGAUGGUGAUGAUCAAUAUGAUGGGCAUAUUUGUCUCCUUAACCAUAACCUUAUUCUUUACCAUUGUCGAGAAAACCAACGACUCGAUGCUGUCAUCGAAAAUGGCCAGUAUGUCGUUCAUCAUGAUCAUAACGUUCUUCAUCUAUUGUUAUAACGCUCAAACGAUCACUGAUCUGAAUCAAUCCAUCUUCGAUAGCGUGUUGAAAAUACCUUGGUACGAUCAGAGUAUCAGUUUUCGUAAAAAAUACACGAUCGUUUUGAGUCUGAAUCAGAAACCGAUCCAUGUGAAAGCCUGCAAAAUGUACGAAGUUAAUUUGCCGUUGUUUCUGUCGUUCAUGAAAGCGAUAUAUUCGGUUAUUAAUAUCAUGUUAUUGAAGUACUCGUGAAUUUUAUGUAGGUACCUAAUAUAGGUCUAUUGUUUCUGGUACCUACGUUUGAUAAAUUUUGUAUCGUUUGAAAUAAAAUAGGUACAUAUAGUACAUAAGCACCUAGUACCUAAAUUAAACUUAUAGUUUCUA